AUGGAGGCCUCCCCCCGCCGCCCGGCGGCGCCCUCAGUCUCCCCGCCGGUGGAUUUCGUCCUGGGCGCCACGGCCUGCUGCCUGGCCUGCGUGUUCACCAACCCGCUGGAGGUGGUGAAGACCCGCCUGCAGCUGCAAGGGGAGCUCCGUCCCCAGGGCUCCUACCAGCGCCACUACCGAGGGGUGCUGCAGGCCGUGGCCGCCGUCAGCCAGGCCGAUGGACUCCGGGGUCUGCAGAAGGGACUGGCGGCCGGGCUGUUGUACCAGGGGCUGAUGAACAGCGUGCGAUUUGGCUUCUACUCCCACACGGAAGAUAUCGGCCUGACCCAGCAUCCGGGAGGGACCUUGGCAGCCGGAGCUGUGGCUGGGGCACUGGGGGCCUUUGUCGGGAGCCCGGCCUACUUGGUCAAGACGCAUCUGCAAGCACAGACGGCGGCUGCCGUAGCUGUGGGACACCAGCAUAACCACAAGAGCAUCUCCGGGGCCUUUGAGGCCAUCUAUAGGCGGCAGGGGCUGCUGGGUCUGUGGCGCGGCGUGAGCGGAGCAGUGCCUCGUGUCAUGGUGGGCUCCUCUGUGCAGCUGGCCACCUUUGCCUCUGCCAGGGAGUGGGUGGCAAGGCAGCAGUGGUUCAAGGAAGGCAGCUGGAUGGUGGCUCUCGCUGGGGGCAUGAUCAGCAGCGUGGCCGUGACUGUAGCCAUGACUCCCUUCGAUGUGGUGAGCACACGACUCUACAACCAGCCGGUGGAUGAAACUGGCACGGGCAAGAACUACCGCGGCUUCUUCGACUGCGUCGUGCGGGUCUCGGAGAAGGAAGGCAUCCUGGCCCUGUACAAGGGCUUCGGCCCCGCUUACCUCCGCCUGGGGCCACACACCGUCCUCAGCCUUCUCUUCUGGGAUGAGCUGAGGAGGGUCCCCUACUGGCAGCAGGCCACCUGAAGACCCCCAGACUGCUCAGGACCCUCCAGCCCCAGAGAGCAGGACUGCGGAGAGCAAACAGCUCUUUUCCCAACU